AUUGAUGAAUCAGAAUGUCGCAAACACUGAGAGUCUUCAUCCUCUGCUUUUUGCUGAUUCUCUUCUCAUCUCAUUCCCUUGUCUCCUCCCUUCAAACCUUCCAGAAGAUUCCGUUGCCACCGCAAAUCUCCGGACCCGAAGCUUUCGCUUUCGAUUCCCAUGGUGGAGGACCUUAUACAGGAGUCUCCGGCGGCAAGAUACUAAAAUACCAAGGGCCAAAACUUGGCUUUGCAGAGUUCGCUUACAUUUCACCAACUGCGAACAAAUCACUAUGUGACAAAGCGAUUGGGUCUUUUCUUGGUAACAUCUGUGGUAGACCGGUCGGUUUAGCUUUCAACGAGAAAACCGGAGAUUUGUACAUAGCCGAUGCAUUCUUAGGUUUGUACAUGGUUUCACACCGUGGUGGCCAAGCCAAGCGCCUAGCCGAUAGCGCAGGCGGUUUUCCUUUUCGGUUCCUUGACGGUUUGGAUGUAGAUCCGGUCACUGGUUUGGUUUACUUCACAUCUUUUAGCACGAGAUUUGGCCCCAGUCAACUUGUCUUGGCGGUUGCUGUUAAAGAUGCGACCGGGAGGCUCUUUAGGUACGAUCCAAAGAUGAAAACCGUUACCGUUUUGUUAAGCGGUUUGAGUGGUUCCGCCGGAUGCGCCGUGAGCUCCGACGGAGAGUUUGUUCUGGUGGGAGAGUUCUUGAGGAAUCGGAUUUUGAAAUAUUGGAUCAAGGGUCCAAAAGCCAACACGUGGGAGAUUCUCGUUCCUUCGAUCCCGGGUCCGGACAACAUAAGGCGAACAGACGGUGGAGAUUUCUGGGUCGCCUCGAACUCUGUGAAGCUUAUAGUGGUCCCCACAGAGCCGACAGCUGUGAAAAUCAGUUCCGACGGUGAGAUUCUCCGGCGUAUAUCGCUCGGAGAAUAUUACGGAGAUACACUAGUCAGUGAAGUGAAUGAAUAUAAAAACAUUGUUUACAUGGGAACACUCACGACCAAUUUUGUUGGAAAUUUGUAA